AUGCGGGCUGGUGCAUUAAUCUCUCUGGCGUCCCUGGUCGCCGCAACUCAGCACCAGCACACUUUUCAGCGAACAGGCCAGCGUCUUGAGUCCUGCAAAUGGCGCCCGCCCUCUCCCCGACUCGCUUGUGCGAUUGACGAGGACGAAGAACAAAAGCCAUGGACAGAAGCUCAAGUACCAAACGAGGAAACAGACCUCGAACCACCACCGUCGAGAUGGGAAGGGCCGCACGGGUGCGCCGGCCAGUACUGUGUCUUCGCCAACAAAGGCUUUGCCAGUGGGCGGGGCAUCGUCGCCAUCACAACGACUCAAAACAUCCAAAGGCUUAAGCAGAUCGAGAAAGACGAAUAUCCCCCAGAUGAAAAGCCUCAGCCCGACUCCCCACCGCCCUACGUUGUCGCCGCGGUCCAAGGUAAAGGCCUCGGCCUGCUGGCCAACAAAACCCUCCACCGCGGCGACACCAUCAUGAAGAAGACGCCCGCCAUACUCGUGCACCGCGCCUUCUUCGAGAGCGUAGCAGUCGCACACCAGCCGCAAGACGCGCUCCUCGACAGCGCCGUGGCCCUGCUCCCUCCGCCCCUGCGCAAAGAAUUUCUGGCACAGAUGGGCGGCUCGCCCAGCGCCAUCCUCGCGACGAACUCGUUCCAGAUGGACAUCGGCGGCGGCGGCGGCAGCGGCGACGGACACCACUACGGCAACUUCCCCGAAGUGUCGCGGCUGAACCACGACUGCCGCGCCAACGCCGCCUUCCACAUCGGCGCCGACCUCGCCCACACCACCACGGCCGCGCGCGACGUCGACCCCGGGGCCGAGCUCGCCAUCUCGUACAUCGACCCGCUGCUCCCGCGCGCGGCGCGCCAGCAGCGCAUCCGCCACGCCUGGGGCUUCGCGUGCGGCUGCGCGCUGUGCGGCAGUUCUCACAAAGCUGCCGAUAAGUCCGACGCGCGCCUGCGCGAGAUCGCCCGCACCGAGGCCGCGCUGGCCGACUUCACGGACGCGUCCGUCACGGCGCGGGUGCUGGGGAGGCUGGUCCAGUUGUAUGCCGACGAGCGCCUCGAUGCGAGCGUCGCUGGCGCAUACACGCUCGUCGCGCUGAACUACAACAUGCUCGGCGACGCGGGUAGGGCGCAGCGCUAUGCCCGCCUCGCGCACGAGGCGCUGGUCAUCGAGAAGGGGGCGGCGCAUGGAGAUUUGGCGGAGAUGGCGGAGCUCGCGAGGAGUCCCAGGGCGCAUUUUACGUGGCGUGCACGGGUUAGGAGGUGA